GCUGCACACUAAGCGGUGGUCUCGGGGAGACAGACUGACACCAGGGGGUAACGAUGCUGCAGCUGGGAGAUGAAGUCACCCUGUACUCGGUGGUCUUCGUGCUGGUCCUGCUGGGGACCCGCAGCCCGCUGUGGACCACCGUCCUCACCACGUCCCUCUACCUGUUUCUGGCCAUGUUCAGGUUCCCUCAGGUACCAGCCAGCCGAGCCCAGCAGGUGCUGCACCCCGCCGAGGGCGCAGUCGGCUCCGGGAGGGUGUUCGCGGUGGCACACCGGGGCGGUGGGCACGACGCACCGGAGAACACGAUAGCAGCCAUCCGGGAGGCCAGGAAAAAUGGGGCAGCAGGUGUGGAGCUGGACCUGGAGUUCUCAGCCGACGGCGUUCCAAUACUCAUGCAUGACGAGACUGUGGACCGGACCACUAACGGGUCAGGACCACUCAGCCGGAUGACACUUUCUGACUUGCGCAAACUGGAUGCAGCUGCUAAACAUCCACUUAGGGAGAAGUUUGCUGGAGAGAAGAUUCCGACCCUGGAGGAGGCCGUGGAGGAAUGCAUCAAACUGCAACUCACUAUCUACUUUGAUGUCAAAGGUCAUCCAGAUGAGGCAGCAGCAGCCCUUAAAGAGCUGUAUAAGAAACAUCCAGUCCUCUACAACAGCAGCAUCGUCUGCUCCUUUGAGCCUAAAGUCAUCUACAGGAUGAGACAGAGUGACCCAGAGGUGGUCACAGCAUUGACCCACCGACCGUGGAGUCUGAGUCGGCUCGGAGAUGGUUCCCCGCGAGUCUCCUCGCUUUGGAAAUACCGCUGGAUGACACUGAUGGACAUAGGUUUAGACCUGGCUCACCAUCAUGUGCUGUGGAAGCUCUGUGGCGUCUCAGCCUUCCUGAUACAGAAGAACUUUGUCUCACCGUGAGUUCCUGCAG